AUGAACACAGCCUUGCAGGUGAUGCGGAAGGUGUUCUUUGUACUUCAAGGUCUCGGUGACCGUACAGUGGAGGGAUCGUCUCGCUACCGUGCACGCUGGCGAAUCACUUGCUUGUGCGAGGGUUUGCAGCUGAGGCAUUUGAGGGCUCUGAUUGCGUCCUCCCCGCAAGCUCUGCAAUCUCACGCCUCUGCAGCCGUCUCCACCUGCCUCUCUCGCGCCUGUGCGUCUGCUGGCGCCUGCUCUGCGCUCCUCGAGGCCCAGAGAGGCUUCGCCGUCGGCGUCUUCCAGCGCACGAAACCGCAUCUGAACAUCGGGACGAUCGGCCACGUGGACCAUGGCAAGACGACGCUGACUGCAGCCAUCACAAAAGUCCUCGCCGACUUGGGCCAGGCAGACUUCAAAUCGUACGCAGAGAUCGACAAGAGCCCGGAGGAACAGAAGCGCGGAAUCACCAUUAACGCCACCCAUGUCGAGUACGAAACGGGGAAGCGGCACUACGGACACGUGGACUGCCCGGGACAUGCCGACUACGUGAAGAACAUGAUUACUGGCGCCGCCCAGAUGGAUGGAGCCAUCCUCGUCGUCUCGGCCUACGAUGGACCGAUGCCUCAAACCCGAGAACACAUUCUCCUCUCCAAACAGGUCGGCGUUCCGCGUCUGGUUGUCUAUUUGAACAAAAUGGAUAUGGUUGAGGAUCAAGAGCUCGUCGAACUCGUUGAGAUGGAAGUCCGGGAACUUCUCUCUUUCUACGACUUCCCUGGCGACGACACGCCCUUUGUCAAAGGCUCGGCGUUGAAGGCACUUAAUGGAGACACUGGAGAGUACGGCAUCCAAACCAUCAAAGACCUUAUGCAGGCGUGCGACGACUUUAUUCCUGAGCCGGAGCGAAAAGCGGAUCUGCCUCUCGUCAUUCCUGUCGAGAGCGUUUUGUCUAUUCCGGGGAAGGGGACGGUUGCGACCGGCCGCGUCGAGCAAGGGACGGCGAAGAUGAACGAGGCAGUUGAGAUUGUUGGCGGGCGAGAGAAGCCGCUGAAGGCGCAAAUUGCUGCUCUCGAGAUGUUUAGAAAGACGCUAGACGACGCACAAGCAGGCGAUCAGGUCGGCUGCCUUCUGAAAGGCAUAAAACGGGACGAGGUGAAACGAGGCAUGGUGCUCGGAGCGCCGGGCUACCUCAAAACCUUCAAGAAGUUCGAGGCCGACUUGUACGUUCUGAAAGAGGAAGAAGGAGGAAGAAAGAAACCGUUCUUCUCCCAUUAUCGGCCGCAAGCCUUCAUCCGAACCGGCGACAUGGCCUGCACAAUUACCCUCCCAGAAACCACAGAAAUGGCUAUGCCGGGGGACCGCGUCACAUGCACGGUUGAGCUGCUGCAUCCAAUUGCCCUCCACGAAGGCCUGCGCUUUGCUCUGCGCGAGGGCGGCAGAACUGUCGCUUCGGGAAUCGUGACCAAGCCUGUGCAGGAGAAGUAA